AUGGUUAUAUUAUUCAAUAAAUUUUGUAGUUUCAAGCGUUGGAUACUUAUAACUGGUUCAACAGACGGGUUUGGCCGCCAAUUAGCACAAGAAUUGGCAGCCAAUAUUUAUGAAAAUUUUGUUAUUAUUCAUGGGAGAAGUGAAAAGAAUUGUCAAAAAACUGUUGAGGAAUUGGGAAUGGAACAUGAAAAUGUUGGGAAUAAUAGGAAACAAAGGAAUGUUGAUUUUGUAGCUGCUGAUUUUUCGAAAUUAUCUGAGGUAAUAUAUUAGACCAGGGAUCGAAGAUUGUCCUUAAGAUGAAGUA